AUGACAUUGCCGAUCAUAGAUGCUUUUCUAAUGAUUCCUCAGCGUGGAAAGUUUCUAAAAGAUGCGAUUCUAAACAAGACUAAGGAGCAUCAAGGGAUGGUCAUUUUGAGUCACGAGUGCAGCGCCAUUAUUCAGAGGAGAACAAUCCCAAGAAAGUUAUCAGACCCUGGUAGCUUUACUUUACCAUGUGUGAUCGGUCCUUUGAAAUUCUCAUGCUAUUUGUGUGACUUGAGAGCUUCAGUAAGCUUGAUGCCCUAUUCUAUUGCUAAAAGAAUGGGGUUCAACUGCUACAAACCGGCAAGAUUCUCUCUUGUUCUUGCGGAUCUAUCGGUAAGGCCACCAAUUGGAUUACUUGAAGAUUUGCCUUUGAAGAUUGGUGAGAUUGAGAUCCCCACAGAAUUUAUAGUUUUGGAAUUGGAUGAAGAGCCUGUGAAUAUUAUUAUUUUGGGAAGGCCUUUCUUGCCCACAGCAGGAGCGAUCAUAGAUGUCAGAGGAGGUAUGAUCGAGCUACACAUUGGAUCAGAGACCAUGAAGUUCGAUGUAAAAGAGAUGAUGAAGAAGCCGACCAUAGGUGGCCAAGUUUUCUACAUCGAAACCAUGGAGGGGCUUUCUGAUGAGCUCCUUGAGGAACUAAACACAGAAUACCAUAUCCAAGUGCCGAGGGAACUUGAUGCUGAGAAAAGGUUUUUAAAGCUAGAAGCAAGCGGUCUCGAGGUUUUGGACAUCAGAGGGUCCAAUACAAGUGAGGGAACACCUUGGGGUUGCAUGGCCGUGGCAUCACAAGCCGAGGGCAGGGGAAGACCGUGUGAGCAAACCAAUGCCGAGGGAGCUACCAAUGAGAAAUGCAGCUUUGAUGCGGAUUGGGACGAGACAAAAGUGCCCCCUGUUGAGCUCAAGCCUCUACCAACAGGGCUGAAGUAUGCUUUUCUUGGCCCAAACUCUUCAUAUCCUGUCAUUAUAAACGAUAACCUGUAA